AUGAAGCUCAAUUCCACAAGUCUUCUGGAUGAAAAUGAUAAAGCGAAUAUUGCUAUCUACUUUGGAAUCGUCACAAUUGCUGGUGAAAUCGUUGGAGUAACCAUGGAUUCAACUUUGUCAACGUUACUGCGUAGUGGAAAGCUAUGCUUCAAAUGCUGUCAAACAAAACGAUCCGAUCCAAUCAUUUGUGCGCUUGGAAUGUUUAUCGCAGCUCCAUUUCUUUUUGGUGGAUUAAAACUCAUGAAAGUGUCUGUCGAGGCUAGCUACAUCUUCCUGUUCGUUGCUAUUACCAGACUUUGCUUCAAUUCGGCCAUCAAGGUUGAUCUACAAAUGACGACUAUUGUUCCAUGGAGGCGUAAUCCAGCAAAGGCAUGGCAAAUUCUGAUUUCACAUUUGUUCGGUGAUGCAUUUGGACCAUAUCUCGUUGGAUUGCUUGCUGAGCUAAAAACAUUGAGCGAC